CACCACUGAGUUUAUGUCCGAUGUGGGCAACCUGAAAUGGAUUCUCAUCGUCCCAACAACCGCCUAUCAAACGUUGUACUUGUACUUGUAAUUGUCUAUUUACCUACGUUGUUGUCGUCCGUCGUCACUAGUGAAGAAAAAGUGAAAGUGACAUUAUACUAUGAAUCUCUGUGUCCAUCAAGUGAGGAUUUCAUACUCAACUAUCUGUAUAAGAUAUUUGAUAACGGACUCAUUUCAAUCGUUGAUCUCAAGCUUAGUCCCUAUGGAAACGCUCGAAUUACUUCCGACGGGACAAUCGUCUGCCAGCAUGGUAAAUGGGAAUGUUUGCUUAAUACCGUAGAAGCUUGUGCAAUUCAAGCGUGGCCUGAUGUGAAUGACCACUUUCCUUUUGUUUAUUGUGUGGAACAACUAAAUAACGAAGGGAAGUACACCGAGUGGGAAAAAUGUUUCGACAUCUUGAAUUUGGAUCCGAAACCAGUUGCUGAUUGCUACAAUAGUGGUCUUGGACACAAGCUUGAGGUUCAAUAUGCAGAUGAAACAAAGGCCCUUGAACCUCCUCAUGAGUAUGUACCAUGGGUCGUUGUUGAUGGUCAACCACUUUAUGAAGAUUAUACAAAUUUCAUAAGCUACAUCUGUAAAGCUUACAAAGGUUCUAAUGUGCCCCAAGCUUGUGUCGGUUUAUCCCACCCGAUUACGGGCCCGAAGGACAUUGUGAAAGGCGUCAAGCAUGUAUGCUACAAGGAAGAAGAUGAUGUUAAGCCAAAGUCAACGUUGUUGGAAAUGAUCUCAUCAAUGGUAGCUUCUUGGAUGACCAAGUUGGCAUAAGAAAAUCUGUGAAAGAUUAAUGGUAUGUUUGUUUAGGAACUGUUUUCCCAGGAAGUAGUUGUUUUCUUAAAUGUAACUUUUGCACCGAUGUGGGAUGAAAUGUAAUAAUAAACUUGAUGUACGAA